GCAUUCCUGGAUUCGUCUGAGGUCUCAGUGAAAAUCUGACGUCGAGGAUUUUUCAACUGUGUUCGAAGAUCAAAGCCCAAAUAACUCAAUUUUUCUACUCGAGUAACGGACAUUUGCUUACGACUUUUUUUGCUCCAGAUUGUUCAAGAAGGAAAAGCUAAAUUUGAGCCACCACAAUCCCGCCCAUUAUGCCAUUUUUCAGCCAAUAAUGCUAAAGUCAUGACAGUUUACGUUCUCUUAAACUGUUAAAAAGCUGAAAAUUGUUGCUGUUAAGCACAAUAUAUUAAUAGCAACCCGUGACGCAGAGGAGAGGUUUAAUAGUAAGUGUUUACUUUCAAAACAAUUUGAAUCGAAUUAACCAAUUGUCUUGUUAAAAAUGAUAAAUUCCUAAAAUAUAUAAAUUAAGCUUAAGCGUGGCGACCUAAAUGCGCCACAGGCAGUUAGAGGCAGAUAGCAUGCUGAGAUAAAGCGAGGCAGAGCUAGCUAGCGUAUGAGCUCACACCGCAAAGUCCGAGCAGCGGCUUCAACGCCCUGUUUCUCUUUGUGUGUGAGACGGGAGUAAUCCUACUGAUUUAAUAACGAUAAAUAGCAUAAUAAGCUAGCCAUCGCUGAUCAUAAGCAAUCUGUACAUAAAGAUUGCCAUAGGCUGAGGCAGGAAGUGACUGAAUUUAAUUUGGGGCUUUUUAUAAACUCUUUCCAAAGGAGAGCUCACUGGAACAACCAACGCAAUCUGCACAUAAAGAUUGCCGAGUGCGACUGUGGAUUUAGCCGAAUGGAAAAAUACCCCAGACUGAAUUGCAACAUUUUCUUUUUAAUGUCGUUAGGUGUAUUAGUUGUCGGAAAUUGAUACCGUUGGGCUCGUCUGAUGUAAUAAACCUAGGCAAACGAUUUUGUAUCACUUUAUAGCAGUCUGCCUAUAAAGAUUGCAUUUUGUGCUGUGUGUUUAAGAUGCUUUAACGUUACGAAACGGACAGCGAUGGUGUUAUUUGUCUUGUAGAUUUUGCUUUAAAAUGGCGGACGGGUUGUCGUUUACUCGGAGCACUCGAGGCAAUGGUGGCUUUGUUUUUCCAGACUGGAUGUACGGGAAAUUUUGCAGUCCGGAACGGCUGUCUCGCGUCGCUAUCAUCCUCUUAGGAAAGCUCGAGGUAUCGUCUUAACAUCCGUGAGUCGCUUGCGGGUAAAUAUAGGACGUUGUAAAUGAAGAAGACAAGUGGCAGGCGAAGGGAGAAAGACGUUGUUUUUUAAAGAACUUGUUUUUUUUUCAAAGAUGGCGACCGCGCACUAGUUUUGGUAUAGCUAUCGCACCGAGUGCGCGAGACAAGUGGUUAAAGAUAGAAGGCGUGGCUUAACCCUGGCGUCAGCGAAUCAGGGUAGCCACUCUGUUCUCCUGUCAGUGUAUGGCAAGCUGCUUUAUUAUAGAAAGCAACUUCGACAGAUGGCAAAUCCCCAUGUGUUCUUUACUGGAGUGGAUUCACAAGUUUAUGUAACUGGCCUUUAAUAACGUUUAAUUGUCAGAUCAACAAUGGAUUAUGUAUUCUGUAUCGUAGAGCAUUUGGUCAAUUUGUUCAAAUUAGUUUUUAUUUAUUUGUUUAAAAUGAAGAUAGUCUCCAUUGUGUUGAACUUGAAGGGUUUUAUUAGUUCAUCCAUAAGUGAUGUUGGUCAUUAAAUUGCUAGUAGGAACACGAUUAUAUAGGAUAGGGUGGGGGCUUCUAUUCUAUUUUCAAUUUAAUCUUGAAGUGAACCAGUACCUUUCCUUGUAAUUGUUAUCUACUGGCAACGUGUCCUCACAUUUGUUACCUCCAUGAAAAUCUUGACAAUGUUAACAUUUUCUUUAUAUGAAUUGUACAUUCUUGUUUACUUUUCACACUAUUGUUUAUGACAACUGUGACGUUUCCAGGAAUUGUGUAAUGUUCCGUGUUAAAGGAAUUCUGAGACUUUAAAAAGUUCUUCAACAACAGUGUUACGGUAAGCAGUUAUGGCUGUGGGCCCAGUGGACCCCAGAGAGGUGCUGAAAGGAGUUGAAGCUCUGCUGGGAAAGGAUGGAGAGCUACGGAGCCUUGAGGGAGUCGCCAAAGUCUUCAGUCUCAUGAAGGCAUCCCAUAAAAUGGUCAGCAGAUGCAUGUAUCUAAACAUUCUGCUACAGACGAAAUCACACGACAUACUUAAUCGAUUUAUCCGGGUGGGGGGCUACAAGCUGUUGAACUCUUGGCUCACCUACUCAAAAACCACCACCAACACCCCCCUGCUUCAGCUCAUCCUGCUCACCCUGCAGAAACUUCCCCUGACCGUGGAUCAUCUCAAGCAGAACAACACAGCCAAGCUGGUGAAGCACCUAAGCAAGAGUGCCGAGACAGAAGAGCUAAGGAAGCUGUCAUUAGUGCUGGUGGAGGGCUGGAUGGCUAUUAUACGCUCUCAGAGCGUCUCCAGUGGAGCCUCGCCCAAUGACAAGAAAAAGAAAAAAGAUGAGGGAAAACUGCGUCUGGAGGUGAGGCCCCGUGAAAAGGUAGCGGAUGAGGAGAAGAAGAAAGACAAACCGAAAGCAUAUGCUCCGAGUCACGCAAAGAUCCGCUUCACAGGUUUGGAGGUGGAGAGCCCAGCUCCUGUUCCUGUGAAGAAGACCCCCACCGCACCCCUGCUUGGUGACAAAUACAACAUCAAGCCUGCUUUGCUUAAGAGACCAAGCACAACGCCGUCUGACACACCGCCGGUGGAGAAGAAGUACAAGCCCCUCAACACAACCCCCAACUCUGCCAAAGAGAUCAAAGUCAAACUUAUACCUCCACAGCCGAUGGAGGCCACUGGAUUUUUGGAUGCUCUUAACUCUGCCCCAGUUCCUGGCAUCAAAAUCAAAAAGAAGAAAUCUAAGGCAGUCUCUCCAACCUCUAAUAAGCCUUGUCCAUUCGACAGCAGGCCACAGUCAUACUCGGGCACACAGGCCAAGCCCUCUUCCCCCGAGGCAUCCUCAUCUCACACCCCUCCUCAUGAGAACCAAGACCUGGAGCAGCCUGGUACACCGGUGCCCACCGAAGAUCCCGAAGCAAUGGACACCAGUGAUAAACCAAAUGCUCUGUCUGAACCUCGAGGCGAGGAGGAAUCGCUGACUAAGAAAGGAAAGAAAAAGAAAAGUGUUCGGUGGGCGGAAGAAGAUAAUCUUAAAGAAUACUUCUACUUUGACCUGGAUGAGACGGAGAGGGUGAAUGUCAAUAAGAUUAAAGACUUUGGAGAGGCGGCUAAACGGGAGCUAAUGAUGGACAGGCAGACGUUUGAGAUGGCCCGUCGUCAUUCUCACGACACCAUGGAGGAAAGGGUGCCCUGGACUCCACCGCGACCGCUGACCAUGUUGGGUAGCCUGGUCAUUCCAGGCUCUAGCAGCAGAGAGAAGGCAAUCCAGAGAGAUCGAGAGAUGGGAAUUCUGCAGGAGAUCUUCCUUACUAAAGAGAGUGUUCCAGACAGUCCUCAUGAGCCAGACCCUGAGCCAUAUGAGCCCAUGCCUCCCCGUCUCAUCCCAUUGGACGAGGACUCCACUAUGAUGGAAGAGAAUUACAUGGAGCAGACUGACCCCACAGCUUCUGUUGGUCCUGCUUCUGGAUCCAGCGAAGGCUCCAAGCUUCCUCCUGUUCUGGCUAACCUCAUGGGCAGCCUGGGCAACAGCGGCCGCAGCCCUCAGGCACAGGGCGGCACCACACCAGCCAAUAAUAACCCAGCGGUUAAUGUGCAGGAACUGCUGACUUCCAUUAUGGGUGCACAGGGAACGAACCAGUCACCAGAGGAUCUGAUCAAACAGCCUGAUUUCUCUGAUAAAAUCAAGCAGCUUCUGGGCUCUCUCCAACAGAAUCAAAACCAGAAUCAGACCCCGCCUCCAAAUGCUCCUCCAAUAAACCCUGGUUUGCUCGGACAUGGACCUGGAAUGAACAUGAACAACAUGAACAUGCAGAUGCCCAUGAACGGUGGCUUCCCACCGAACAAGCCCCCCGGGGGGCCCCAUUUCAACCACCCGCCUCCUCCCCUUGGCCAUGGGCCCCCCUUUAACGCCAGUGGGCCACGCAUGAUGGGCCCCCCGCCCGGGCCGCAGGGCAGAGGAGCGGACAACGGCAACUAUUGGGGUGACGAAUCCAUGAGGGGAGGUCCACACCGAGGAGGACACUUUCACCGGGGGAGAGGGAGAGGAGAUCAGAGCUUCAGAGGGGGAGAUCAGGGCUUCAGAGGACGAGGGGGACGUGGAGGACCUCGUGGAGGACAUAACAACAUGGGUGACAUGUCAAAGAGGCCCAUGUGUCGCCAUUUCAUGAUGAAGGGAAACUGUCGCUAUGAAAAUAAUUGUGCGUUUUACCAUCCUGGUGUAAAUGGACCACCACUUCCUCCCCAGCAUGGACACUAACAAAAUAAAGCUGCUGUUCCUUUAACCCGCCACUAGUGGGCAACAGGACUCAAAAUGAGCCUUAUGUACAGUGACUGAAUCUGACUCAAGGGAACAGGACGUGUGGGCUGGGAUGUUUGCAUCUGUGACAGCACAAUUCCAUCUGCAUCCUUGUACAGUUGUUUCUUCAUAAGCUUCCUCUCGAUUCAACACUAUCCCCAGUUUGAUGGGGUCCACAAACAAUAUGCAGGACUCCUAAGGAAAGUUAUGAAAGGAGCCGAGUUGUUGAAACCCAUUAUUUGCCCUCCGUGUAAAUACUGCUUCCUGAAGAUGGUGAUUCAAAUGUAUAUUUUUAUUGUGAAGCUGUGUACCACUGAAUCGACUGCUUAAGAUUGUACCCAUUUGCUUUGUAACCACUAGGACAAGGUAUAGAUAGUCUUCUGCCAGAGCUUUUAUGGUAGCUUCCCAAAGGCUCAGGGUGGCGAGUGCAAAUUUACAAAUUACAGUCGGACAUCAAUUCAUUUCUAUCAUUCAUCAUGAAAUUUAACAAGUUAAUGGUUAUACUGAAAAACUGAUUUCUAGAAUUUUAUUUUACGAUACUUUUGGUUUAAAUUUGUCCCCUCUUAAGGUCACCAGAAAUAUUGUUUAAUGUUUUAUUUCCAGCUGUUUUCUAUUGAAAAAAGGGUAAAGUCCUCAUACCACAUGUGUAGAUUGGAAACAGGCAUUUGACAUGAAGAAGUGCCUCACGGUCAUCUUCACAUGUUUCAAGGAUUUUAUUUCAAAUCUGAUAUUAAGCUAUAUUUUCUUGCACUGAAUUGUAUUGCCAUUAUGGUUCCUCUAUACCUGCAUCAGAAUACUGUACAUGUGAAUCUUAGCUUGAAGGGUUAAUACUACAUGCAAACAACACCUUUUGUUCCUGGGCACAAGAUACAAACCUCUGAAGUCCCGUUGCAUACUUGAAUUCAGUCCAAUGAUCAUACCUUUCUAUGAAAAGAGAUCCCAGCCUGUAAAGAAAUAUCAACUGUUGUUCCUUAUAGUGUGACAAUCAGAAGAAUGGUUGUGAUUUUUUUUCCCAUGUUGAUGCUAUUGUUUGAUCUGCUGUGUGCGUUCUCGAGCUGUAAGACUCUCAGACUCCUGAGUCGCGUCUGUCCUACUCCUUCAGUGUUCAGAUGAGCCUAACCCGGGCUACGAACCACUAUCAAGGCCGAAUUAAUUCAGGUGUUUUCUGUGAAAACAUUGGCCGUUGUGUCUCUUGUGGGACUUGGGUUUUUUCUUUUUUUGUUUAACUUUUUCCCCAUGAUUUUAUUUUGAUACGAGCCUGGUGAUAUUUUUUCUAUCUGAGGUUUCAUUAUCGUUUGAGAGAUGUCUAUGUGUCAGAGCGUUGAGUAAACACGAAAGGCAUAUUCGGAUAUGUAAAGUUUUUUGCUACAUGUAAAUUAAUAAAUGUUAAGAAAUGAA